AUGAACUCACUGCGGCUUCUCGGUCUAUCUUGUCCCAUUUACAAUGCAGUAACCGCAAGGUCGCUCUGUUCACACCCUCUUGCGAACCUUUUGGGACGACUAAAUCACGUCGCAAUCGCCACACCAGAUCUCCAAAAAGCUUCGCAAUUUUACAAGAACCUUGGAGCGAAAGUUAGCGAACCAGUGCCACAACCAGAACAUGGCGUCUACACUGUAUUCGUUGAAUUACCAAACUCGAAGCUCGAGCUUCUUCACCCUCACGGAGAUAAGUCACCAAUCCAGGGCUUCCUGGACGAAAACAAGGCUGGCGGUAUGCAUCAUAUUUGCAUUGAAGUGGCCAAUAUUGCGAAAGCGAUGGAGACUGUGAAGGCGAAAGGAAUUCGAACACUUGGCGACAAGCCAAAAAUCGGCGCUCAUGGAAAGGACGUGAUCUUCCUUCAUCCGAAGGACUGCGGAGGCGUACUGAUCGAGCUAGAACAAGUGUAA